AGCAACCACAGUCAUUAUUUGACCAACGAAGAAAGCAGACUAGAAAGCUUAAGAAAUAGUUUCAAAUAGAAAAAAAAAACAGGAAAAAGGAUUUUAAACUAGAAUUAUUGGAUUAAAAUAAAAAUGGCAGCAGCAGCACCGGCAGCUGGAGCACCAGCCGCAGCAGCGGCAGGAGCAGCUGGGGUACCAAAAAAUCUAGUGGAAAUUGCAGGAGAGGCCAAUAUCACUAAUUAUAUGAAAAAUCGUUUAAGACGUGGUGGCAUGAAACGUAAAGGCAUGCAAAUUGUUAAUGGCCAUAAAUUUGUGGUGAGAUUUUUCAAACAGCCCACAUAUUGUGGCCAUUGUAAGGAUUUUAUUUGGGGUUUUGGUAAACAGGGUUUCCAAUGUGAAGACUGUCGUUUUAAUAUUCAUCAAAAAUGUGUGAAUUUUGUGGUGUUUAAAUGUCCUGGAACUGAGACAGACAUUGAUGGUGAUUGUGCUAAGGUAAAGCAUUCUUGGAUUUCUACCACCUAUUCGGCUCCUACAUUUUGUGAUGAUUGUGGUCUUCUACUGCAUGGUGUCGCUCAUCAAGGAGUCAAAUGUGACAACUGUAAUCUUAAUGUCCAUCAUGGCUGUAAGGAUAAGGUGCCACCACUUUGUGGUUCGGAUAUUAGUGAAAUCAGAGGAAAAUUAUUGCUAUAUGUAGAACUUAAAGGCAAUAGUUUGAAAGUGGAAAUCAAGGAGGCUGCUAAUCUAAUACCCAUGGAUACUAAUGGCCUUAGUGAUCCUUAUAUAGCAGUGCAAUUACAUCCCGAUCGCAGUGGCAAGACUAAAAAGAAGACCAAAACUAUUCAAAAGAAUUUAAAUCCAGUAUUCAACGAAACUUUUACAUUUGAUAUAACACCACCGGAUCGUGAGAAACGUUUACUGGUAGAAGUUUGGGAUUGGGAUCGUACAUCACGUAAUGAUUUUAUGGGUUCAUUUUCCUUUAGUUUGGAUGAGAUUCAAAAGGAACCCAUUGAUGGUUGGUAUAAAUUUUUGUCUCAGGUUGAGGGCGAACAUUACAAUAUACCUUGCAGUGAUCCAGUCAAUGAUAUUGCACGUUUGAGGGAUGAAGUUAGGCGCGAAAAACCCGCCAAUACACGUCGCAUGGACAACAAGGAUAUGCCUCAUAAUAUGAGCAAACGUGAUAUGAUUAGGGCAGCCGAUUUUAAUUUCAUUAAGGUCUUAGGCAAAGGUUCAUAUGGCAAAAUACUCUUGGCUGAGCGCCGUGGUACUGAUGAACUGUAUGCCGUUAAAGUUUUAAGAAAAGAUGUCAUCAUACAGUCCGAUGAUAUGGAAUUGCCCAUGAUUGAGAAGAGUAUUUUGGCUUUACCCGGCAAAUCACCAUUUUUGGUUUCACUACACUCAUGCUUUCAGACUAUGGAUCGUUUAUUCUUUGUUAUGGAGUAUUGCAAGGGUGGAGAUUUACUAUAUCAUAUGCAACAAUAUGGUAGAUUUAAAGAAUCGGUGGCCAUAUUUUAUGCCGUUGAGGUGGCUUUGGCUUUAUUCUUUUUACAUGAACGUCGUAUUAUUUAUCGUGAUUUGAAAUUGGAUAAUAUUUUGCUGGAUAUGGAGGGUCAUGUCAAGUUAACCGAUUUUGGUUUAUCCAAGGAUAAUAUGGCUGAAAAUGAUACUACAAAGACAUUUUGUGGCACUAGUUCUUAUAUGGCUCCAGAGAUUAUCUUGUGUGAACCCUAUAACCACACUGUUGACUGGUGGGCAUAUGGCGUUUUAUUAUAUGAAAUGAUGGCUGGUCAACAGCCUUUUGAGGGCGAUGAUGAUAAUACCAUUUUCAAGAAUGCCAAAGAAAAGAAGGCAGUAUUUCCCAAACAUUUUACUCAAGAGUCAAUGGAUAUUAUAACUAGCUUCUUGGCUAAGAAACCCAACAACCGCUUAGGAGCGGGCAGAUUUGCCCGUACCGAGAUACAAACUCAUCCCUUUUACCAGGGUGUUGAUUGGGAAAUGGCUGAAGCUAAAGAUUGGAUUGAUCCACCCAUUGUGCCAAAUAUAAAACAUCGCAAGGAUAUUGGUAAUUUUGAUCAAACUUUCACCAAGGAGAAAACUGACUUAACUCCUACCGAUAAAUUGUUUAUGAUGAAUUUGGAUCAAAAUGAUUUCAUUGGCUUUUCCUAUAUGAAUCCGGAAUUUAUAACAAUGAUAUAAAAUUGUAAACAAUUUUG